AUGUCAAUCCUGAAAUAUUCCAUCUGUCCAAUUAGUUUAGUUUCAUGCUUGGCCAUUCUUCACUUGCUCUCCAGUUCUGGAGUCAAUGCUGCUUCUGAUCAAAUGCAUGCAGCAUCAACUGCUGGAAGUGAAGGGAAAGCUCUUUUAACAUGGAAAGCCAGUCUUGACAAUUAUAGCCAAUCUAAGUUGUCAUCCUGGUCAUCUUCUGCAAAUCCUUGCAGUACCUGGUAUGGAGUUCGAUGUAACAAAGCUGGACGAGUAUCGGUGAUUAACAUCACUAGUUUUGGCAUCAAAGGUACACUUGAUCAUCUCAAUUUCUCGUCUCUGCCCCAUCUAACUACAAUUGAGCUUUCUCAAAAUGCACUCCAUGGGACCAUACCAUCCAACAUUGGGAACCUUUCUAGACUAACCUAUCUUUCCUUCUGGUUAAAUCAAUUGUCUGGUGCUAUUCCUAUUGAAAUCGGCCAACUAACCAAUCUUAGGUUCUUGUACCUUUACAAUAACUCAUUCAAUGGGUCCAUCCCAAAAGAAGUUAUGUCUCUAAAGUCUCUUGUUCAUCUCAUUUUGCAAGGAAAUGAGUUCACUGGAUCAAUCCCUACUUCUAUUGGCAAUCUGACCGACCUAUCUGUGAUGGCCCUAGGAACCAACAAAUUUUCAGGAUUCAUUCCGGAAGAGAUUGGGAAACUGAGAUCUCUUACUCAACUCUCUUUAUCUGACAACACCCUCACAGGUCCAAUUCCCCUGUCUAUUGGAAACUUAAGUGACCUGACCCUGCUGUAUCUUUUCCGAAAUUAUCUUUCUGGACCUAUUCCCAAAGAAAUUGGAAACUUGACUAAACUAAAUGAAUUAAAUCUUCGUGGGAACCAGCUAUCAGGUCCCAUUCCAGAAGAGAUUGGGAAACUCAGGUUUCUUGUUCAAUGCUCUCUUGGGGCGAAUUUGCUUAUGGGUUCCAUCCCGCAGUCUAUUGGAAACUUAGGUAACCUGACUUUCCUGUCUCUUUACGGUAAUUUUCUUUCCGGCCCCCUCCCGGAAGAAAUUGGGAACCUUUUAUCCCUUGAAGAUGUUGUACUUUCUUAUAACAAUCUCACCGGUGAGAUUCCCAAUUCAAUUGGUAAUUUGAAGAUGUUAACUUCUAUAAACAUUUUUGAAAACAAGCUUACCGGGCAUAUUCCUUCCUCCAUUGGAAAUUUGACCAAUCUCAUUCACUUUGAACUUUCUCUAAACAACUUAUACGGAACUAUCCCUCCCGAAUUGGGAACAUUGAAGUUACUAGCUUAUGUUAGUAUUUUCCAAACCCAGCUAAGUGGUGUUCUUCCAGAUGGAUUCAACAAUCUUACACAUUUAGAUAAACUACUGCUGAACCAAAACUAUCUUAGCGGUUAUUUACCCCAAAAUAUUUGCAUUGGUAGCUCACUGACGAGGUUCAUUGUAUUGGGAAAUAACUUUGUCGGUGCUAUACCAAGGAGCUUGAAAAACUGUUCUAGUUUACAAGUUAUCGAUGUUGCUUACAACCAACUGUCAGGAAAUAUCUCUGAAGAAAUUGGCCUCUAUCCAUAUGCAGAUUAUAUUAAAUUAAACAAUAACAAAUUUUAUGGUCAGUUGCCUUGGAAUUGGAGCGGCUAUCUGACCUUGACAGAGUUGAGGAUCUCGAACAAUAAUCUUUCCGGCAGAAUACCAGCUGGGCUUGGAGAGAAGUUUGGGGAAGUUGACUUUGUUGCUUGA